AUGAUUCUCAUUUUCGUGCUGGAUACAAGUGCUUCCAUGAACCAGCAAAGCUACCUGGGCACUUCUUAUUUAGAUAUUACCAAAGGAGCUGUAGAAUAUUUCUUAAAGUUAAGAAGCAGAGAUCCAGCGUGUCGGACGGAUAAAUGUAUGCUUAUAACAACGGAUGAUCCUCCAGCAAUGAUCAAGGUUGGCUGGCGUGAGAGUCAUUACUCCUUUCUUAAUGAACUAAAAAAUCUACAAGCCACUGGGUAUUCGCAGAUGGAUUUAGCAUUGCGGGAAGCCUUCAAUCUAUUGAAUGUCAAUCGAAUGGUUAGCGGCAUCGAUAAGUAUGGCCAAGGGAGAGAUCCUCAUUCCAUUGAGCCUGCUGUCAUAAUUACAUUAACGGAUGGAUGCAAGCUAACAUCAGCACAAGGAAUUGCCAAUGAGUUGAUUAUACCAUUAUCGCAAUUAUCGGGAGAUGAACUCACCAAGGAACCAUUCCGCUGGGAUCAACGAUUAUUUAGUAUCGUUAUACAGUUUCCUGGUAUAAUCCUGGAUGGCUAUGAUAAGGUUGUGAAUCAAUCUGCGAUUGUCAAUGGAGAUUCGCAUUAUAAUUCAAUUUGUGAAGCCACUGGUGGAAAGAGUUAUCUUGUAGCUUCGCAGAAAGCUUUACACCAGAGUAUUGAAUCUAUUAUCCAAAAAUUACAUAGUGGUGUCGUAGUCAAUUUCGAAAUUAUGGAGAAUCCCGAGGAUAUUCCAGAUGAUGCCAACAGCAGGGAAUAUGUACAAGUGAUAAACACUGAAGAUAGUACAUUAAUAAAUAAGUCGUGGCACAAAUGUAGACGAAUAAUUUAUGUUAAUACUAUCCCAAAUGCAAGUGGUCACUGGCCAAUACCUGAGCCUUACACGAGUGAAAAUGAUGUACAACCAAGAUUUGCACAUCCCACUAUAAAAUUCUCCUGCAUUGACCGCGAAGCAAUGAUGAUUGAUCGCUUGCCAUUUGAUAAAUAUGAACUAGAGCCUUCUCCACUUACUCAAUACAUAUUGGAAAGGAAAUCGCCCAACAUUUGCUGGCAGACAUUUAUAGCCGGGAGUGACAGAGGCCGCAGUGCUGACCUUCCAUUUGGUUAUUUAAAAGCUAGCAAUAAGAUGAAUUGCGUUAAUUUGCACGUACUACCAUAUAAUUACCCAGUUUUAUUGCCAUUGCUAGACGACCUCUUCAGAGUUCAUAGAUGUAAGCCUGAUAUGCUAUGGAAAGAGAAAUUUGGCAGAUAUGUUUUAAAUAUGCCAUCGUAUUACGGAUCGUCCCUUAAAAGGGUAAUGUUGUUAAUGGGAGCCCCAAUAGGCAUAGUACCGGAGCAUUUUGAUGGCACUCUUAAUUUUUCAUUAUCCAAUAUGUUGAAAAAACUUCGGACUCAGGCAAAAGUAGAAGCAGAUCGAAUGAUUUGUAGUGUUGGCAAAAAGCCUAAUCGCGAACAAUACGUUAAUAAAUUGCAAAGGAGUAAAGUAGCCGCAAGUAUUUGGCCCAAUAAUUACAUGGGCAUCAUCGAAUCGAAGCAGCGACUUUCAAUAGGAGAAAUGUUUCGGAAUCCAUAUGAUAUUCCAAGGUUCCAUUUGCUGGAACAGCUGAAACGAAUGAUUGCCAAUUUUUUCAACAGCAGUCUGCCAGCGAAUGGAAGUGAAGAGUAUCUUCAUGACAUACCAAUAAGUCAAAUGGGAAAUUACCAGGAACACAUGAAAAGAGUUAGUUCACAAAUGCUUCGAGAAGUUGCUACCGGUCAGCAACCGCAGCGUGUUCAUAUUUUUGGUAAUCCAUUCAAGCGUGAUCAAGACUUUGUUGUCGAUGAAGCAGAUGUAAUGAUUUCUGGUCAGUCGCCGCGUAACAAGCGACCUGGUACGCCAACUCCUAGACAUUCGCCAAAGAGAAUGCGUUUAGAUUCUCAAGGGCAUAAAGGAUCAUCUAGCCAACGGCAUAAAUCAGGGGAUGUUUCUACUUUAAAUUCCAACAAGGAUGAAAAUAAGCCAUCUUCAUUGUCCACUCGAAGACUCUCUUUAAUAGAAGAAUCGGAUGAUAUGGAGAUCACCAUAGGCUCUCCAUCAAGUGAUAACAGUAUGGAUUCUGAAGCAAGUGGAACCUCUGAAGAUGAAUCCAUGACGCUUGAGGACAGGUUUACCACGUUGUGGCAGAAUCACGAUCAUAAUAAAUCGCUAAAGAAAAGCAUUGUCAGCUAUAUCAGAAACCACAGCAAGACCGAUAAAGAAAUAUUUAAGCUCUUGGAAAAAGUGAAAGGAACUGAAGAUGAUCAAGUCAUAUUUCUGAAAACCUUACUCUAUGAGGUCAACUUUUUACGGAAGAAUUCAAUUACAACUCAACUGAGGAAAAAAUUAGAAUCAAUCAAUAUGGAGUGA